AUGCGAGCCGCAGAGAGUCUCUCCCCUCAGGAGAUCACUGAUUUCAUGCGAGGUACAGAUGUAGAUCGGUACAUUAGGGAGGGGGACUAUACGAUUUACAUCCAGACAUAUCUAAUGCCUCUUCUGAUAGGUGCUCGUGUUCACACAGGGAGGGCAGCUAAUGUUCCUUCGUCGAGCAGGGCCCGAGCAGCAGAUGCCCCUUCGACGAGCAGGGCUCGGGCACCGAGGGAUGGGGCUAGAGGGAUGCCUCUUGCCAGACAAAGUGUUGGAUGGCCAGAUCUACCAACUGAGCUAACAGGUCAAACCUCUGCAGACUGGACCAGCGGCGACAGAGGCAUGGCCAUCAGCACCCCUCCAGUAGUAGGGAGAGAUAGAGAGGCUCCGGCACACGGCCGAGGGAGACAUCAUGAGCCUGUCAUGCAUGAGGAUGAUGAUGAGACUAGUGAGGACGAGAAGGCAGCGAGUCCCCAGUCAGAGUCAUCUGGAGGUGGAGACGACGGCACCGGCUCGGGUUCUGAGGGUGGCGACGAUGCUGAGGAGGGCUCCAAGGAUGGGAACGGAGGCAGCUCUGGUUCAGGCUCUGGUUUGGAGUCAGAUAAUGGCGUCGACGGAGACAGUGCUACAGAGUCCACUCUGCCGAGGAAGAGGACGAAGAGGGCCUCUCAAUCUUGA